UUACCUUAUCCUUUUCCCCUUUUCCCAACUAGUCUCUCAGUUUAUCCACUCCCUCCUCCACUCUGCCGCUCACUUUUCCCCCUCCAUCUUGAGCUCGUGCGGGGCUGCCCCGGCGGCGUAUUCGGAGAUCACGACGGAUGAGCUCGUGCUGGUGGUUGCGCCGGUGACGUACCCGGAAACCGCGGCGGACUGGCGGAGGAGCUGCUCCUGGAGCUCGAGCGCGGCGCUCCCAAGCUCUCGUGCUCGGGCGGCUCCGGCGAAGCGCGCUCUGGUGAAGAGGAGCGGCGGGAAGGAGAUGGGGGCGAUGCGUUCGAUGACGGGGGUCGCCCCCUGCUACUGCCCGGGUGUUGGCGCGGCUCCGGCGACUCACAGGGAGGCCACAGCGAGGAGAUGCGCGAGCGGGGAGAGCGCGGAGGCGACUCUAGCGGAGAGGAGCAGCGGGGAGGCGACUCUAGCAGAGAGGAGCAGCGGGGAGGCGAUGGGGCGUGAUUCGGUCGAUGACGGGGGGCACCCCUGCUACUGCCCCGGUUGCUGCCGCGGCUACGUGAGCGCUGCGGUCCGGGCUGGGCCAUGUUGGCCGUCGACCGAUGCCGGACUUGGGCUGCUCCGCCGCCACACCCGCAGCAGGACUUGGUCUGCUCCACCACCACGCCCGCAACCUGGUAGACGACGUGGCCGACGCCGACACACCGGCGAGUUUCUGGUGCGGUUGUAGAUGGAAGAGAGCAAGUGAAUUCUGAUGCGACUGUGAGUUCGACGGCGAGAAGUGACUGUGCAGGAGGCUUGGUGCCUAGCAGCUCUCUCUUCAUGCUGCUAUCUACAACGACCCGGAAAAAGGCCUGUAGGGCCCGGUGGGUGGGGCGUUCGGGCAGGGGGGUUUUCCUCCCGAACGAGUGCGUUCGGUCGAUCUCCCUCUCGUAGCGAACGAGUUGUUCGGUCCGGGGGUCUCCCAGACCGAACGUCAGCGCCAUAUCGGGGUCUAUAAAGGAAAAUACUGGUUUGGUUUAGAUUCUUCCAAGCUACUGUAUGAUUCGGUUCUGUUUUUCCUUUUUUUGUGCAGCACCGGUUGAGGUUUUGUGGGAAGGGAAAGGAGGCCUGACUCAUGAUGAUCAGUCAAUCGGGGAUUCUUGGUAACCCAGGAUAUAUAUAUAAGGAAAAGAGAUAAACGAUCGGGAUUUCCAUAGUAUGUGUACAUGUGGCCUAGUCUAGGAUUUGGUGGCUGUGCAGAAUUUGUUCGGGUGUGUCUAGGGCACAUCUAGAUGUGCUCUAAUUAUUGCACAUCUAAGUGAGUGAAUCAAGUAUAAAGAGAAAAAGACAAAAGAGAAAGAAAAUAUUCACACGAAUCUUAAUGUAAGAUCAAUGGCAUAUGACUUAGAUGUGCUUUAGCAAAACUGAAUUCGUAUUGGACACUGGAGUCCAGCAGGUUUAGAUUGGAAUUUGCGGUGGCUGUGUAUGUGUAUAUAUACCACACAUAUUUGCCAGCCCGAUCAAAAAUCCCAGACUUCCCCCGCCGCAAAAUAGAAUUGGUGGUGGUGCUAUGUCUUCCUCUUCCAGCACAAUUUCCCGGCCCAGCGUUGGCCCCGACGAUCUCGCCGGCAUCCGCUCGAUCGGAGUCGAACCCGUGGUCGCUGAAGAUGAGCUUGAGAACACGUCCUGGCGACGGCGCUUUGUGAAGCUGGAGCCGGCCCGCCGUGCACAGGUGGCGGGAGCUUUGCUGUCCCUAUCUGCCAUGGCGGUGCUGUCCUUGGCCGUUCCCGUUGUGCUCUUGGUGAUUUUCCACGGGCAUCAAAUGACCCCGGUUGGCAUCCUGGCAACCGCUCUAUGCUCCUACGUCUUCCUCCUCCAGCUCUGCGUCCGGCGGAGCUGCUCGUUUUACGCCGACUUUGGUCGCAUCUCCUAUGGCCUUCUCCUCUCCUACUUCAGUGCUGGUCAGAUUGGCUCGCGCGCCGCCAUUGUCAUCCUGCACUUGACCAUGGCAUGGGCCGCCACAUAUCUUGGCUACUCUCUGGCCUCGCACCGCUUGCGCAUGGGCACCGAGCGGGCCAUCAUCGACGGCGAGCUGCCCCAGCCGUGCCACCACGGCAAGGACAGGGCGUACAUGAUCGCCAAUAUGAUUCCUGUCGCCGCGUUCAUUGUGACACUGAUCUGGACCGCUUCCAUGGCGGCCAUCAUUUUUACAAACGACAUCACCGAUGAGUUUGACAUUGUCUUUCUCCUCUCAUACGUCGGUUGGAUACAUGUUGCCGUUUGGUUAUCAUAUGUUGCAGAUGUACCAAUGCGUAAAGUGCUGAUGAAAGAGCCAAUGGUCUCUCUACUUGCGUCUCUUCUCCCAUGCCUGAUGAUUUCUCCGGUGAUCAGCGCUGUCUGCCGUAUUCUGUCAAUCUUGUUCCAGUGGUUGAUGAUGAGCUUUGGUCGCUAUCCUUAGUUACAGCCUCAGUGUUUAUGUACACUAUUUGCUGACUGCUGCUUCAUACAGGUAUGAAUGUUUUAAAGCAAACUAGCUAACUCGAUAUGUUUGGUUAAACGUUCAAUCUCAGUGACAUUCAAUCGACUAUUUGGGGCAUGAACGUAUAUAUGAUCUGCAAUUUGAAUACAUGUUGCAUUUGGAUGAAUCUGUUUUUUGUUUUUUGUGUGCUGAGUUGAGAUCUCCUGUAAACAAUUUCGUGUCUAAUUUCUCAGAAAAUUUCAGCAGUCUUUGGGAAUGUCCAGAGUGAAUGAUCAGUAAAAUGCCACUGUAGCCUCUUUUCUUGUUUGCUAAAAUGCAUGUAGUAAAGGCAUAUCUUUUGUUCUAAAAUAAAUGCCAUUGGAAAGGAAACGACCCUGUUUCACGUUUGAUUAAGCAAGUUUCGGAGCAAGUAACCUCCCUAAUGUGUUGAUGGGUUCAAACAGCGAAAUCAGUGUAAUAAAAUGCUUUAGGAAAUUAAUGUUAUAUUGCUAGAUCUGGAAUAUGUAAAGACCGAAUUCUCUUAAUGGGGUAACUGGACUCUAUUUAUAAUUGUAUAUGCAUCAACAGCAUCGCAUGCAUAUAUCUAAUUGGUAACUCCUAGUUAAGGAACAUUGAUAUGUUUGGUUAAUUGCUCAGUUUUGGUUAAAUUCAAUAGAUUAGCUAGGGCAUGAGUGUAUAUAUGAUCUGCAAUUUAAAUUCAUGUGCGUUUGGAUGAAUCUUUUUUUGUUGUUGUGCUGACUUGAGAUCUCUUAUAAACAAUUUAACUGUCGGAAAAUUUCAGCAUAGUCUUUGGUAAUGUCUAGUGUGAAGGAUCAGUAAAAAUGCCACUGUAGCCUCUUUUCUUGUUUGGUAAAAUGAAUGUAGUAAAGGCAUUGUAUUUUAUUCUAAAAUAAAUACCAUGGGAAAGGAAUUGGCCCUGUUUCACGGUUUGUUAAGCAAGUUUUGAAGUCACCGGUCUAAUGUGUUGAUGGGCUCUUAACAGCCAAAUCAGUGUAUAAAAUGCUUCAGGAAAUUAAAGUUCUAUUCCUAGAUCUGGAAUGUGAAAGACCAUAUUCUCUUAAUGGGUGAACAGGACUCUAUUUAUAUGUAUCAACAACAUCUGCACCUCACAUGCAUAUAUCUUGUUGGUAACUCAUAGCUAAGUAACGUUGAUCUUUCCUGAUUUUUUUUUUUUGGCUUCAGGGUACUCCUUGGUAAACAUGAUAAGUCAUGUGAAGAGAAGUUAAACAGCAUGGAGCAUAUGUGCGACCAUGAUGAGAAUCCAAAGGAGAUGACUGCGACAUGUAACCCUGUUAAGGACAAGGCUCUAAGAAGUGCAACAAGACAGGGGGCUGGAAAUUCAACAAGACAUGGGCAAGAAGGCACUAGAUAACAUGGAAGAACAUCGUUGUUGGUAGCGUAGUCGCGUGCGUUCUGUGUGUGCCGGAUAUCUCAGGAUCGGGUUUGUAAGAGGGCUAUCUCAUCAUCUUGUAUCGUUUGACCGUGUAUCUUUUCGGAUGUUGCUUUACUUAUAAAGCGGGGCGAAAGCCUAUUUCGAGAGGAGCCAACGUGGAGAGUGAAGAAAAGAAGCACACUUUGGGCACGAAGAACAUAAGGAUCGAGUCUUCUCAUUUGGGCACCGCAAGCACCAAAGGUGAGGCCAGGCUGUCCCUGACAGGUCUGGACUACUCUAACUCUCCCCAUCACAAUGUCAACAACAGGAUGGAUGCCAUGCGCUUGCAGUGAUUUGCGCUAUCAUUUUGGGUGUAGAUAGUGCAUGAAACUAAGAUGGUUUGUUAUCACUUGUACUUCUUAGAUGCUUUGGAUCAGUGCAAUAAUGUAUGGUGUGUCUCGACGUGAUAUUUCAUUGAGUCUGCUA